AUGUCAAAUCCAAUACCUAAAACUUAUACUCCUUUAAAAUUUGUCAUUGUUGGUGCUGGUCUUGGUGGAUUAGCUGCAGCAAUUGGACUUAGAUUAUCUGGACAUCAUGUUAUUAUGCUAGAACAAGCUCCAGAAUUAGGUGAAGUUGGUGCUGGUAUUCAAAUUCCACCAAAUUCUACAAAGAUCUUGGAUGCUUUAGGUGUUCGUGAACCUUUAUUGGCUGUUUCUCAUGUUCCAAAAUCUUACAAUUUCAGAAAAUGGGACUCUGGUGAUUUGUUAAGUUAUUUAGUUUUGAGACCUUACUGCUUAGAACAAUAUGGUGCUCCAUAUUUACAUAUUCAUAGAGCCGAUUUCCAUAAAGUUCUUGUUGAUAGAGCUAUUGAAGUUGGUGUUGUUAUUAAAUUAGGUGCAAGAGUUAUGAGAGUGGACUUUGAUGAUAAUAGCGUCAUCACAGGUGAUCGACGUCAAUUCAAUGCUGAUGUUAUCAUUGGUGCAGAUGGAUUGAAAUCUCAAAUUAGACAAACAAUGUUGGGUAGACCAGAUCCACCUCAUAAUACUGGUGAUAUUGCUUGGAGAGCAUUAGUUAGAUCAUCUGAAGUUAGAAAACAUGAAGAUUUGAAGUUUAUUUGGGAAGAACCAAAGAUCAAUUUUUGGUGGGGUCCAAAUAUACAUGUUGUUGUUUAUUUAUUGAAUUCAAACAGUGGUGAAACUGUCAAUAUUGUUGUUUUAUCACCAGAUACUUUACCACAAGAUGUUAAUGUUGAACCUGCACAACCUGGUGAAAUUUUAGAUUUAUUUAGUGAUUGGGAUCCAAAAUUGAAAAAAUUGUUAACUUUGGUUCAUCAAACUUCUAAAUGGAGAUUACAAAACUCUAUUGAAAUGGAAACUUGGGUUCAUGAAACUGGUAACGUUGCAUUAAUGGGUGAUGCAUGUCAUGCUACAUUACCUUAUUUGGCACAAGGUGCUGCUCAAGCUGUUGAAGACUCUGCUGUAUUAACUGGAUUAUUUGGUAGAAUCACUGAUAAAUCACAAAUUCAUGGAUUAUUGAAAACUUAUGAAAAUUUAAGAAAAUGGAGAACUACUCAAGUUGUGCAAGGUUCAACUAAUUGUAGGGAUAUUUUCCAUUUACCAGAUGGUGAGAAACAAGCUAAAAGGGAUGCUUUAUUGAAAUUGAGUCCAAGAAAAGGUUAUCCAAAUAGAUGGGCAGAUCCUGUUUUCCAAAAAUUCUUGUUUGGUUAUGAUGCUUUCAAAGAAGCUGAAAGAGGUUGGAAUAGCUUUGUGGCUCAUGAACCUGUUACUUUUGUUGAUAAUAGCUUGAAGCUAUAG